UUCUUAAUGUGUUUAAUAUAUAUAUAUAUGUAUGUUUUCAUCCAAGGAGUAAGCCCUCCUGCCAGCGGAGGAUGGGACACUUCGACCUGGGGGCUGGAAUCAAGCGCGGAGCCUCGGAGUCCGCCGGCGGCCUCUCCCACGGCGAUCACGAAGCCCGUUCGGAGGACGGUGGUGGACGAGUCCGAGAAUUUCUUCAGUGCCUUCCUCUCUCCAGCCGACGCGCAGACCGUCCCGAAGAGCCCCGUGGUGUCCAAGCCUCCGGCCAAGUCGCAGCGGCCGGAGGGAGAGGCGCAAGGCCCCGCGCAGGGACCCUCGCCCGCUGGGCAGCCGCGCACGCCGGGGGCGGCCGGGUCCCGAGCAAAGGACUCCCCUGUGCGGGUGCCGGGGGGCUCCCUGGCGGCAGGUGCUCCCCCGCCCGGGACUGAGGGCGCACGCGCGGGGCCUGCUGGCCAGGAGUCUGACACGGGGGAGCCAGGUGCACGUCUGGACGCGUCCGAGCGGCCAGCUAGUGCCACGGCAGUGACCGAGAGCGCGCCCGGUGUGCCCACACGGCCUGCCGCCGCGGAGACAAAGGGCCCGGCCCCCGCCGCCGGGGAGCGGAGACUCGAGGACCGGCAGAGCGACACGCCCUCGCCGCCCGCCAGCUCCUUCUCCUCGGGCACCUCCACCACCAGCGACAUCGAGGUCCUGGACCACGAGAGCGUGAUGAGCGAGAGCUCGGCCAGCUCGCGGCAGGAGGCGGCGGACUCCAGGCCGGGCCUGCACCUGAUGCAGACGUCCUUCCAGCUGCUGUCCGCGUCCGCCUGCCCCGAGGACAGCCGCUCGGACGGCUUCCAGCGGCUGGCCGAGAGCUGCGGCUCGUCCGACGCCUUCGAGAGGAUCGACUCGCUCAGCGUGCAGUCGCUGGACAGCCGCAGCGUGAGCGAGCUCAACUCGGACGACGAGCUGCCGGCCCGGGGGCUCGCGGUGGCGCCCGCCGCCGGCCCGGCCUCCCCGAGGGCCGAGGUGGCCGACUCUGCUGGAGGGAGGUCUGCAGAAGCGGAGGAUGAAACGUUAACCGUACCCACGGAGGACGCGGACAUGGAAGAAAGCGGACGGAGCGCGACCCCCGUCAACUGCGAGCAGCCCGAUGACGUCUUGGUUGUUCCCGCCCCGGUGCACGGAGCGCAGGUGCACGGGGCGCAGGUGCACGGGGCGCAGGUGCACGGGGCGCAGGUGCACGGGGCGCAGGUGCACGGGGCGCAGGUGCACGGGGCGCAGGUGCAUGGAGCGCUGGCCGUCCCGGAGCCCGGGGCGGCCCGGCCCGGAGAAGCCGCCCAGAGUCAGCCAGGAGCGCCUUCUGAGAAGGAGCACGUUUGCAAGGCAGUUGAAUUUCUGAAUGAGAAACUGGAGAAAAGGGAGGCUCAGUUAUUAUCUCUUAGUAAAGAAAAAGCACUUCUAGAAGAAGCUUAUGAUAACCUGAAAGAUGAAAUGUUCAGAGUGAAAGAAGAAAGCAGUAGCAUUUCUUCCUUGAAAGAUGAGUUUACUCAAAGAAUUGCAGAAGCAGAAAAGAAAGUUCAACUAGCCUGCAAAGAGAGAGAUGCUGCUAAAAAGGAAAUCAAAAACAUAAAAGAAGAACUUGCCACUAGAUUAAAUAGUAGUGAGACUGCAGACCUUCUGAAGGAGAAAGACGAGCAGAUCCAGGGGUUAAUGGAGGAAGGAGAAAAACUUUCAAAACAGCAGCUGCAUAAUUCUAACAUCAUUAAGAAACUAAGAGCUAAAGACAAAGAAAAUGAAAAUAUUAUUACAAAGCUGAACAAAAAAGUUAAAGAGCUAGAAGAGGAGUUGCAACAUUUAAAACAGGUCCUUGAUGGUAAAGAAGAGGUUGAGAAACAGCACAGAGAAAACAUUAAAAAACUGAAUUCUGUGGUGGGACGCCAGGAAAAGGAUCUUGGCAAACUUCAAGCAGACUUGGACGGACUUGAAGAAAAGAACCGAAGUAUUCAGGCUGCCCUGGACAGUGCGUACAAAGAACUUACCGAUCUUCACAAAGCCAAUGCUGCGAAGGACAGUGAGGCGCAGGAAGCUGCUCUGAGCCGCGAGAUGAAAGCUAGAGAGGAACUUUCCGCCGCGCUAGAGAAGGCCCAGGAAGAAGCCCGUCAGCAGCAAGAAACACUAGCGAUUCAGGUGGGGGACCUGAGGCUGGCCCUGCAGCGUGCGGAACAAGCAGCCGCCAGGAAAGAGGACUAUUUACGCCAUGAAAUCAGUGAGCUUCAGCAGAGACUCCAGGAAGCAGAGAAUCGAAAUCAGGAACUGAGUCAAAGUGUUUCAUCGACAACAAGACCAUUGCUUCGACAAAUAGAAAAUUUGCAAGCAACCCUGGGGUCCCAGACAUCGUCAUGGGAGAAGUUAGAGAAGAAUCUUUCUGACAGGCUUGGUGAAUCCCAGACCUUGUUGGCAGCAGCGGUUGAAAGAGAGCGAGCAGCAACGGAAGAGCUCCUUGCCAACAAAAUUCAAAUGUCUUCUGUAGAGUCCCAGAACUCUCUGUUAAGACAGGAAAACACUAGAUUUCAGGCCCAGCUAGAAUCAGAGAGAAACAGGCUAAGAAAGCUGGAGGAUGAAAAUAAUAGGUACCAGGUUGAAUUAGAAAACUUAAAAGAUGAAUAUGUAAGAACACUGGAAGAGACAAGGAAAGAAAAGACACUGUUGAAUAGUCAGUUAGAAAUGGAAAGAAUGAAAGUUGAACAAGAAAGGAAGAAAGCCAUUUUCACUCAAGAAGCAAUAAAAGAAAAGGAACGCAAGCCGUUUUCUGUUUCUAGCACUCCCACCCUCUCACGCUCGAGCUCAAUAAGUGGAGUGGACGUGGCAGGACUGCAGACAUCUGUGCUGUCUCAGGAUGAGUCCCAAGAUCACGCGUUUGGACCGAUGUCUGCGUCAGCAAAUGGAAGCAAUCUUUACGAUGCUGUCAGGAUGGGAGCGGGGUCAAGCAUCAUUGAAAACCUGCAGUCUCAGCUAAAGCUGAGGGAAGGAGAAAUUACUCAUUUACAGCUAGAAAUUGGCAACCUAGAAAAAACUCGAUCAGUAAUGGCUGAAGAGCUAGUUAAAUUAACAAAUCAGAAUGAUGAACUUGAAGAGAGAGUGAAGGAGAUACCCAAACUUCGAACUCAGCUAAGAGUAAGUAUUCUUCACUUACGGAUGAGUCUAAGGUAUUUGAACCCAGUAACAUUAAAUGUCAAAGUUUUAGUUUAUGUAAAAUGCAUGUAUGUAUGCUUUAGUGAUUUUUUUGUUUUAAAUUAAAGAGUAUUGGUAUUU